AUGCUUCGAAUUUACUCGAAUCAUCAUGCAUUACGAUCGAUUUGUCGAUCGAUGUCAUCAUUACCAAAAUAUGAAACAUUGAAAUUAAGUCAACCGAAACCACAUGUAACUCUCGUUGAAUUAAAUCGGCCAACUAAACUUAAUGCUAUGAAUAAGGAAUUAUUCGAGGAAUUGAAAACAUGUUUUGAACAAUUGAGCAUUGAUAAGACAUGUCGAGCUGUUGUAUUAACUGGUGCUGGCAAAGCAUUCACUUCUGGUAUUGAUGUUAAAUAUUUAUCGACUGUUGCCAUUGGUGAACUCAGCCAAAUCGAUGAUUCAGCACGAAAAGCAUUACAUCUUCGUCGUAUGAUUAAACGGACGCAAUCAUGUCUACGAGCAGUCGAUCAAUGUGAAAAACCAGUCAUAGCUGCUAUUCAUGGGCACUGUCUCGGUGCCGGUGUUGAUCUAUCUGCUUGUUGUGAUAUUCGUUAUAGUUCACGUGAUACAACAUUUUCAAUUAAAGAAGUUGAUAUGGGCUUAGCAGCUGACGUUGGUACUUUACAAAUUCUACCAAAAUCAAUUACGAAUCAUAGUCUUUUUCGUGAACUGGUUUUUACAGCACGGUCAUUCGAUACGAACGAAGCACAACAAAUUGGACUUCUCAGCCGCGUAUUCGAUACUCGUGAAGCAGUACUUGAUGCAGCUAUAAAUUUAGCCAGUGUCAUUGCAAAGAAGAGUCCUGUAGCUAUACUUGGUUCAAAAAUACAGUUAAAUUAUGCUCGCGAUCAUUCAUCGGAUGAUAAUUUUAAUUUUGUAAGUACAUGGAAUAGUGGUAUGUUGUUAACUGAAGAUAUUAUAAAAAGUAUUAUGGCCUCGUCGGUAUCAAGUGAAAAAAGUAACAAAAACGCGCCAAGUGAAAUCGAAUACGAAGAUGUUUAA